AGGAGGGUUUUAGCUGAACCGUUACUACUUUCUUCUUCACCAGCGUCGACCUCCAGAGGGGCGCUCCAAUGGCCGGACCACAACAUCUCUACGUGAGCUCGAAAGCCGAGCUGAAGCGGAGGGAGAAGCAGAAGAAGAAGGCCAAGUCGGGCGGGUUCGAGUCCCUCGGCCUCAGCCCCGAUGUCUACAGGGGAGUCAAGCGCAAGGGGUACAGGGUCCCCACUCCGAUACAGCGCAAGACCAUGCCUCUCAUACUCUCCGGCGGCGACGUCGUCGCCAUGGCCAGGACCGGAUCUGGCAAGACCGCGGCUUUCCUCGUGCCGAUGCUCGAGAAGCUGAAGCAGCACUUGCCUCAGGGCGGCGUUAGGGCUCUGAUUCUGUCGCCGACCAGGGAUUUGGCCUUGCAGACUCUCAAGUUCACUAAGGAGCUCGGCCGUUUCAUGGACCUUCGGACGAGCUUACUCGUGGGUGGGGAUAGCAUGGAGAGCCAGUUUGAGGAGUUGGCACAGAACCCUGACAUUAUAAUUGCUACUCCUGGUAGGCUGAUGCACCAUUUGUCCGAAGUUGAUGACAUGACGCUGAGGACGGUGGAGUAUGUGGUUUUCGAUGAAGCAGAUUGCUUAUUUGGCAUGGGUUUUGCGGAGCAGUUACAUAAGAUACUCUCCCAACUCAGUGAGAAUCGGCAGACAUUGCUUUUCAGUGCAACUUUACCCAGUGCACUCGCUGAGUUCGCCAGGGCUGGUCUGCGAGACCCUCAGCUUGUUCGGUUAGACUUGGAGACUAGGAUAAGUCCUGACUUGAAGCUUGCCUUUUUCAUUUUAAGGCAGGAGGAAAAACAUGCGGCUUUACUAUAUCUAGUAAGGGAGCAAAUUAGUUCAGAGCAGCAGACACUUAUUUUUGUUUCCACCAAGCAUCACGUGGAGUUCCUUAAUGGUUUGUUUAGAGAAGAGGGUAUUGAGCCUUCUGUCUGCUAUGGUGACAUGGAUCAAGAUGCUCGCAAAAUCCACGUGUCAAGGUUUAGAUCAAGAAAGACUAUGCUGCUGAUUGUCACUGACAUUGCGGCUCGGGGCAUUGAUAUUCCGUUGCUCGAUAAUGUGAUUAACUGGGACUUUCCCCCUAAACCCAAAAUUUUUGUCCAUAGAGUUGGACGGGCAGCACGAGCUGGGAGGAGUGGUACUGCAUAUUCUUUUGUGACAUCUGAAGAUAUGGCUUAUCUUUUAGACCUUCAUCUAUUUCUUUCAAAGCCAAUUAGGCCUGCUCCUACUGAGGAUGAGGUUUUGAAGGAUAUGGAUGGAGUGAUGUAUAAGAUUGAUCAAGCAAUUGCCAAUGGAGAAACUGUUUAUGGACGCUUUCCGCAGACAGUUGUAGAUCUUGCCUCUGAUAGAGUUCGGGAAAUCAUCGAUGCAUCCGCAGAAUUGUCUGCUUUGCUGAAAACAUGUACAAACGCUUUUAGAUUGUACUCAAAGACAAAACCGUCGCCUUCAAAAGAGUCCAUAAAAAGAGUAAAGGACUUACCUCGGGAAGGCUUGCAUCCUAUCUUCAAAAAUGUACUUGCUGGUGGUGAAUUGGUAGCUCUGGCUUUUUCCGAGCGACUAAAAACAUUCAGACCGAAGCAGACCAUUCUUGAAGCUGAAGGGGAGGCUGCUAAAUCUAAGCAUCUGCAGGGUCCCUCCAGUCAGUGGGUUGAUGUGAUGAAGAAGAAAAGAGCAGUUCAUGAUGGUAUCAUAAAUUUGGUACAGCAACAGCGUGACAGCAAACCUUCAGAAGAGGUUGAGAUCUAUCCAGAGACCAGUUCUCCUAAGGAAAAAGAGAAAAAAGAGGCCCGAGGGUCCAAACGAAAGUCAAAGAGUUUCAAGGAUGAUGAGUACUAUAUUAGUUCAAUACGGACCAACCAUCAUAUGGAGUCAGGGCUAUCGGUGAGAGCUAAUGAAGGCUUUGGAUCAAAUAGGUUGGAAAGUGCUGUCCUUGAUCUUGUUGCAGAUGACAGUGGCGGUAUCCAGAAGCAGAGGACAUCAUACCAUUGGGACAAGAGGAGUAAAAAGUACGUCAAGUUGAACAAUGGUGAACGUGUUACAGCUAGUGGAAAGAUAAAGACUGAGAGUGGAGCAAAGGUGAAAGCAAACAAAACUGGGAUAUAUAAGAAGUGGAAAGAACGGUCACACAGUAAAAUAUCGCUGAAAGGAACAAGUAACGAAGAAAAUUCUGUAGAGUCCACUGGCUUGGCAGGAGAUCGCAAAUUCCAAAGGGCAAACAGAAAGUGCAAGGGAGGAAAGCAGCAGCGUUCGUUUCCGAAUGCUAAUGUACGUUCGGAGAUUAAGAAUCUAGAACAGGUGCGGAAGGAGAGACAGAAGAAAGCAGACAAAAUAUCCUAUAUGAAGAGCAAAUCAGGUAAAAGUAAAAAGUACGGUAAGAACGGGAAAAAAAGAAAGGGUAAGAAGUAAAUCAUGUGGGAUCUGAUUUAUCAGCAUAUUAACAUGCUGCUAGCAAUUUUGAGGUAAUACUCUCUCUCUCUCUCUCCCCCUCUCUCUCUCUCUGUAUUUGUGCCCUUGGUUAACCUUUUCUUUGGACAGUGGAUUCUGUGUAAUGAUUGCCUCUUCUAGAAAUGUAGAGAGUACUUUUAAUUU